AUGCUUAUACCAAUUAUUCUCAACUUCAUCCUAUUGGCAACAGCCCUCCCCUACUCCCCACCCUACCAAUACAUCGGAUGUAUUUCAACGUCUGCUGCGCCGCCUUUCACACCUGCUUUCCUACAAGCUCCUUUCACGGCACCUCAAUGUCUCCAAUCAUGUGCCAGAGCAGCAACACUCAUAGCCAUAGGUGCGGGCUCUUGUCUCUGCGACGCUGGUGGCGCAUCAGCAUCCUUUGAACUUGUCGACGAGCAACGAUGCAAUAUUCUCUGCAUUGAAGGCGAUGAAAGCAGCGGGAAAUGCGGAGGAGAAGGCGUACUGAGCUUGUACCAACUCGCAGGAUGUGAAGGUGGCGAGUGUUUGGGAAAGAACGGAACUGUCCCUCCGGUCGUGCAAAAGCCAUCGCCUUGUACAAGUUGCAACGGGACUGGAACACCUGUUCCUGCGCCGACACAGACUCAACAGCAACAAGCUACGGGGGUCAUUUGUCCACCUGAGGGUUGCACAACUGUUAUCCCGCUGCCCAUCGCAACGCCUUCCGGGAACUCGACGGGUAAGACAUGUCCAUCUGGAGGAUGCACCGCCAACAAGCAGGCCGGAAGCCAAUCUGGCUCGUCUCAAUCACCCUCGGGCUCAUCUGGCAAAGGAUCCAACGAAGCACCGGGGCUUGCAAGCGAUAGUCCAAGACUUUAUGCACCUAGUAUACUAUCAGCUAUCGCUGCUGUUAUCUUUGGCCUGGGUCUGCUAUAG